AUGAACAAAGCCCAACCAAUGCCUAUGGCCGCGUUCGCAUGGAUAGGUUUUUCGAUUGCCAGCAUGAGCACCGUGAACGUUAAUAUGGAAGUGGCAAUGAUCUCUAGCAACAGACCCUGCAAAAUUGAUAUAACAUUCUCGAGCAUGUUUACCAAAACUGUUGCGCCACCAAUUGGUGGUGGUUGUGAUAUGCUGAUCAAAUAUGCUCCCAAUAAUGCCCCCAAGAAUUCAGCAACAAUGUAA